GUCUCGGAGUUCCUCCCGUGAGGGGCCGGUUAAAAAUAGAGCUCUUGUUGCCGGCAGCCUGGGCCCUGGAGCUGACCUUGAAUUUCCCCACAGCCCCGGGGCGCCUCUUGCCAGUAGUUCGUGCCGAGGUGCUCCGCAUUAGGCCUGGCGCCUUAUACUCGUCGACGAUCCAUCGAUGAUUGGCCCGAAGUGGGCGCAUAGUGUGGAACCCCUUUGCCGGAGCCCCGUGGCACUUUCCUCGCGGGCUAUUCUUUUUUGCAGGUCCCAGCUCCAGUUCCUACCUCACCAUGCCCGCGGGCGUGUCGCUGCCCACGUACCUGAAAAUGGUCGCUGCCAGCUUGGGGGCCAUGCUCCUAGGGGCAGAGGUGGUUCACAGGUACUACCGGCCCGACCUGACAAUACCUGAAGUCCCUCCAAAACGUGGUGAACUCAAAACAGAGCUCCUGGGGCUGAAAACCAGACAAGAGCAAGGUCAGAUUUCUCAGCAGCAAUGACCUACAUCGUCAGCGUAUGAUGCCAGGACUCUUAUUCUAUUUUUAUACUUAUGGACGGGCAUUCUGCUUGCCCUCAUUCACUGAGGAUUCUCAGUGAAUAUCAAUAAAUUCAGCUCUAAUUGUGGCUUAUACUGUGUGGCCUGAGAAUUGUUAAAUGAACCCUUCCCAGCCUUUGGAAUGUAUUUUGGGAGCUAUUUCAUUUGGGCCUGAGUAUAAUGUGAAUUACAUGUAAAAUAUGUGAGAAUUAAAACUCCUGUGGUAACUUUUCAGUAA